AUGCCGGGCAGUGCCACAGCCCUGGUCCUCACUGCCCUUCUGAGUCUUGGGCUGUUCCAGACGCAGCAGAUCCUGGUCCAGCCAGGAACCCUCCCCAAACCCUCCAUCUGGGCUGACCCAGACCCCAUGGUCACCAGGGGGAGUCCUGUGACCAUCCGGUGUCAGGGGUCUCUGCAGGGUGAUAGAUACCAUCUAUUGAGAGAUGGAUAUUAUUUCCGGGAUAUGACCCUACUGCACUCCAGGGAGAAAGGGGGCUCCUUCACCAUCCAGUCCAUGGACAGUGACCAUGCAGGGCAGUACCAGUGUCGUUAUCACAGCUCCAAUGACUGGUCCCAGCUCAAUGAGCCCCUGGUCCUCAUCAUGACAGGAGCGUACUCUCCACCCUCACUCUCAGCCCAGCCAGGCCCUGUGAUGGCUUCAGGAGGGAACUUGACCUUCAUCUGUAGCUCAGACUACUCCAUCCGCACUUUCCAUCUGCUGAAGGAGGGACGAGUCCCCAUGGUCCAACACAUGGACUCUCAGUACUCCAUGGGGAGGCAUCUGGCCCCUUUUCUUGUAGACCCCGUGAUCCCCUCCCGUGGGGGCACCUACACGUGCUAUGGUGCUUCCAGCUCCAACCCCCAUGUGUGGUCACAGGCCAGCAACCAGGUGCAUCUCCUGGUCACAGCCCCACACCCCGGCUCCCCGGUGCUGUUUGGAGCCAGCCUGACCCUGCAGUGUGGCUCAGAGGCCGGAUUUGACAGGUUUGCUCUGACCAAAAAUGAGCAGCGCCCAGGUCCCAGAAACCUUGACGCUCAGCACAGUCCCAACUUCACCCUGAGCCCUGUGAACAACACCCAUGGGGGCCAGUAUAGGUGUUACAGUGGAUACAGUCUCUCCUACAAGUGGUCAGCCCCCAGUGACCCCCUGGACAUCGUGGUGACAGGAACCCUCCCCAAACCCUCCAUCUGGGCUGACCCAGACCCCAUCGUCCCCAGGGGGAAUCCUGUGACCAUCCGGUGUCAGGCGUCUUUGCAGGCUGAUAUAUACCAUCUAUUGAGAAAUGGACAGUAUUUCUGGGGUAUGACCCUACUGAACUCCAGGGAGAAAGGGGACUCCUACACCAUCCAGUCCAUGGACAGUGACCAUGCAGGGCAGUACCAGUGUCGUUAUCACAGCUCCAAUAGCUGGUCCCCGCUCAGUGAGCCCCUGGUCCUCACCAUGACAGGAGACUACUAUCCACCUGGGCCCUCACUCUUAGCCCAGCCAGGCUCUGUGGUGGCUUCAGGAGGGAAGGUGACCCUCAUCUGUAGAUCAGACUACCCCAUCCGCACUUUCCAUCUGCUGAAGGAGGGAAAAGUCCCCGUGGUCCAGCACAUGGACUCUCAGUACUCCAUGGGGAAGUAUGAGGCCCAUUUUCUUGUGGACCCCGUGAUCCCCUCCCGUGGGGGCACCUACAAGUGCUAUGGUUCAUAUGACUCUAUCCCCCAUGUGUGGUCAAAGGCCAGCAACCCAGUGGAUCUCCUGGUCACAGGGGUGCACAUGAAGCCCUCCCUCACGGCACACCCAGGCUCCCCGGUGCUAUCUGGAGCCAGCCUGACCCUGCAGUGUGGCUCAGAGGCCGGAUUUGACAGGUUUGCUCUGACCAAGAACGAGAAGCACCCAGGUCCCAGGAACCUUGACGCUCAGCACAGUCCCAACUUCACCCUGAGCCCUGUGCACAAUUCCCACAGGGGCCAAUAUAGGUGUUACGGUGGAUACAAUCUCUCCUACGAGUGGUCAACCCCCAGUGACCCCCUGGACAUCCUGGUGGCAGGGGCCUAUGAGAAACCCUCCCUCUCAGCCCAUCCGGGGCCCUCGGUGACCUCGGGGCAGAACGUGACCCUGCAGUGUCUCCCAGCCAGCUGGUUUGACACAUUUCUUCUGUUCAAGGAGGGCUUUGUUGCCCCUCUGCAGCACCUUCAUUGGCCGGGCACUCAUGGGCCCAUUCAGGCCACCUUCAUCCUGGGUCCUGUGAUGUCAGCCCAGGGGGGCAGCUACAGGUGCUACACUUCACACAGCACCUCCCCCUACCUGUUAUCACAGCCCAGUGACCCCCUGGAGCUGGUGGUCUCAGAAGGAGGUGAGGAUCAGCAGCGCACUACUGUGGAAUCAGACCCACUGAGAAGUAAGUGA